GAUGCAUACAUUGCAUAUAAAUAGUUGUAAGAAUUAAAAUGCUAAACCAAUAGAUCUGGUCAAGUCAAACGAAAAUUCAAUUUAAUUUGACAAUUUUUACUCAAAUUUUCUCUGCUUUAACUGUGAGCUUAGUAGAAAACUAAGCAAACUUAAAAAUACCCUGCUGUUUAAAAAUGAAACCCUUUAUUCCAAUGAAAGGAAUUCAAGUCGCUGCCAUUACCCCUUUCAAACGAAACCCUGAAAACAACCCUCAUCAACCUUACACCAUUGAUACCUCCGUUAUAGAGCACUACUCCUCUUACCUGUCCCAAAACGGUGCUAGCGGCGUUUUCGUGGGCGGAGUAACAGGCGAUUUUACCAUUCUUACAACUGAAGAACGUCUUGACCUACAAGCCGCUUGGCUGCAAACUUCAAUACGAUCAAAGCUCAAUCACGUUAUUAUUCAUAUUGGGGGUCCAUUUUUUGAAGACGUGAUCAAAUUAGGUGUUCACGCUUCUGAAAACUCAGCUUCGGCCGUAGCCAUAACUUUUCCCUCUUUUCCAGCCCACGCACCUCAAACCGAAACCCACUUAAUCGAAUACUUAUCUCGUGUAAGCUUUGCUUUACCCGAUAUACCUUUACUUAUUUACAAUAUAUCAGGUACUACGCCGUCGCAUUACGUUAAUAAUUUGUACCCCUUGCUGAAGAAAGCGAUUGAUGGAAAUAAAGUUCCCACACUAGUUGGUUUGAAGUACUCUUCGACUAAUUUUAUAGACGCCUUCGAAUUGAAGACUUAUCUCGGUUUAGAUAUUGCAAUUGGAUGUGAUGAACAAAUGUUAGCAGCUUGUGCCAUGGGGUUCACAAGCUUCAUUGGAUCAACGUACAACAUUUUCAGCAAGAAAUUCAACCAUAUUCUUUCGCUGAUGGAGACCGGAAACACCAGAGAAGCAUCCGAACUCUCCCAGCGACUGUUCACAGCCAUAAGAACCAUUACUUCAGUUUGCUAUAAACUCACACUUCGCAAAGUUGUCAAUAAAUCUCUUCAGGCUAAAUUUGGAGUCAGUUUGGGAGAUGAAACCAAGUAUUCGUUUUUGACUGACGAUGAUGUUGCGUCUUCGGAUAAACUUGUUGAGACAUUUAUGAAAGACUUUGGAGAUUUGAUUGAUUAGUCCGAUCAUAGGAAACGAUAGUUUUCAUUGUAAACUUGAGCAGCCGAGAUGUAAGUUUUCCGACCAAUA